AUUAGAGCUCGAUAGUACUUACGGGUUACUUCGUUACGCAGCUAUAUAGCAUCGAUGGCCCGAUCAUCGCCGCCACAUGAUGUGGCAUGUGCCCUCUUACCUGAGGGUUCCAUCUGGUACACAGUCAACUUGAAGGAGAAGCGUGGUGUUGGCAUAUAGCUCCUUGCAAAUAAGAUAAGUUGGGUCAUAUGUUUUUUCUCUCGGGGUUUAAAGUGCUACCUACAUAGGGUAAUGUGCACCAAGCCGAGUUAUAUCGCCGAGGAACAAGAUGCAUGAAAAACUCUUGCAAGGUUCGAGUUCCGUGACCUGAUCUGGAAGGGCGCAUCAAACCUUGCCAACCCGCCGGCGCCUUGGCAGAUCUGCUAAAUGACCCUUCAUCCACUCACCCUGUAGGACUACGAGAGUCGAGGGGCUUGAACAGUACAAGGGGCGAUCCAAACUUGAUCGCAAUUGCCGGGCCGCAGCUCUUACUAAUUCACUGCCAAAAAUCAGUCAAGGUUACACAGGGUUACACCGAUGGCAUGUGCCAUGGCGUCAUUGUCGAAGCUAUCUUCCACGCUACGCUGAGUGAAUUUGCCUUGCUUAGGAAUAGCGAACAUUCGUAGCCGUGGUAUAGGCUCGUCUUUACAUCAUAUCCCUCGCUGAAAAGGACGCAAGACGCCAUUGCCCGCCCAUGGUCUCCAUGGAGCGCAACAACCGGACCUGACCUGACCGGCGAGUCUAUGUGAUAUAUGCGGGUGAAGGUUCAGCUAGCGGGAGGGAGUUGUAUAUCAUACUCAUGGUCCUGUGAUACGUCUGGCCUUCGUCGAAUUCCGGCCAUUCGCGGUAUCCGUCAACUCUCACCGAUAGCGCAGUGUCAUUGGUGUACUUAAGUCAUCCCUAACUUGCGCCCAGUCACUGCAAGCCAUCUAUGGCCAUGUCCAUCUUCUCAACGCCGAUGCUGCUGGCUGCCUUCGAGAUCCUCCUUCUCCUGCUGUAUUUCAGCCGGCGACGAGUCAAAUAUCGUCUCCCACCCGGCCCCAAAGGGCUACCGAUUCUCGGCAACGUCUUCAACGCACCGAAAUCAUUCGAGUGGCUGGCAUAUCAGGACUGGAGUCGUCAAUAUGAUUCGGACGUCGUACAUUUCGAGAUCCUUGGGACCCACUACGUUGUCCUGAACUCCGCAAAGGCUACAGUUGACCUUUUCGAGAAACGAUCGAACAUAUACUCUGAUAAGAUCGAUUCGCCGAUGGUUAAGCUGACGGGAUGGAACAGGAGUUUCGCUCUGAUGGGAUAUGGCGACUACUGGAGGGCGCACCGCAGGCUCUCCCACCAAUAUUUUCGGCCUGCCGCCGUCUCUAAGUAUUAUCCUUCGUCGGCCAAGUCAGUGCAUGAGAUGAUACUUGCACUACGUGAUACACCAGGCCGGUUCAUGGAACACAUUCGCCAUAUGGCAGGAUCCAACAUCUUGAGGAUCGUGUACGGCAUAGAAGUAAAACCUGAAGAUGACCCUCUCAUUCCAAUCGUAGAAGAGAGCGUCCAGGUGUUUUCAAAAAUCACUGUCGCAGGGGCAUAUCUUGGUAAUGUCACUUGAUCCUCAUAAGACGUUCUGCAUGAUUCACUUUAUCGCAGCUGAUUCUCUUCCCAUACGUGAGUCCACUAUCUCGU